GUGGAGCCACCGAGGGGGGGCAACUCUUCCCAGCGACUCACCACAACAACUCAGAGCAGAGGAAGGAAGUCUCUUCUAGCUCAACAUGUUGACUGGAGCUUCUACUUUUUCCAACACUUUUUCUAAUUUCUUACUGAGCGCGAGGACCGGAAGAGAAACAACUUUAAUGACAUCCGCGCAUUUUUGAUACCUGCGGCAAAAGUGCCACACCUUCGCUUAGCACGACAGCUCUCGGAGCUCACAGCUGGCCAAAUGGGGUGCCGAUGCUGCCGGAUGAUAAAAAGCUACAUCUACGACCCGUCCGUGGCGGUGGAUGGGAGGAAGACGGACUCUGCAGACAGCUCGCUCUACCAGCCCCACCACUAUCCAGCCGAGGCCACCAGCGGCCACAACAAGCAGAAGCAGGGCUUCCACAACCUGGGCUACAACAAGUCCAAUGACAGCACGCUGAAACUGGAGGCCGACAACAACCUGGUCAACCACCGACUGCACGCCGCGCCGUCAACCGUCAACGAUCUGCAGCGUCAGGGGAGCGCGCCGCCUGCAGACGACGGGCUGUACAUCAUCCAGCCGGAAGCUGUGGGACCGCGAUGGGUCAUACAGGAAAAAAGUCAGGUGCCCGUGUACCCAAACAUACAGGAGUACGGGGACCAGAGGAACUAUGGCGAGCAAGGACACCGGACGUCAAGAGACGGGUUGGACAGCUCCAUCACCGAGAUAGGCAAGGGCGUGGCAGGGACGCCGGAGUGCCCCUGCGACACGGGGGACGAAAGUAGCGUCCUGUCAGUGGACAUCCACACCAGCACCACCAGCUUGUCCUCGGCCGACACCAGGGACGAGCUCACAAUGCCAAAGACUCCGGACGUUUCCACCGAGGAGAGCGGAAUCUCUGUGACCAAGAGUGAGGACGAGGAGGACGUGAGGAACCAGCAGGAGGAGGUGCAGAGCGUCACGGACUCGAUGGUGGCCGAGGCUCUCGCUGCUCUGGAGGCCGCCACUGCCGGGGAGGACUUUGAGUGACGGACCUCCUACUUCUCGCCGACCACAUUAAAUCUCAACAGACUUGAAUGCGACUUCCAAACCACAAUAAAUCUUUGAAUAAUGUUUUUAUGCAAGAACAUGAAAUGAAUGAAGGAAUACUCUGUUUACAAAAAAAAGAUUUAUUUUUGAACUCUCGGAUAUUUUUUUAUCGGGGUCACAUUGACAGAAGAUAACGGACGGCUACAUUUCCGACGCUGCGAGGUUUCGCAUAACUGAAGAGACGUCAGUGUGCAGACUGAUUAUUUCCUGCAGCCAUAAUACGGUGUAUUUAACACUCCACAGUCCUAAUAAUGUGCUCACUCACUGCUUUGCCAUGUCCAUACCGCCCUUGCAUCUGUAACACACCACUUGUGUCGCUAACUGUUAGCAUCGAGUCAAUAUUUUCUGUGUGAACAGUCCUUGCCAUAGCUUCAGGAAUCUAACCUGUUUCACUGAGCAGAUGAAAGAGGAAAGGUCAUCACGAUAUUUUUAUAUGCUACUCAUGUUUUUGUUCCUGAUUUGUGCUCUCUUGUUAUUUAUGAAACAUUCACACGUUUUUUUGAUUUAUUGUGAGAAAAACAAAAGACUAGAGAAGAGGCGCAAGGACGAGGAAGCAUUUCUCAGACAUAUCUAUAGACUUUUAUUUUAUGUCGCAUUUGAAAUAAUUAUCAAAAACUGUUUUCACUUACAGACACGUAUGCGGUUUCCUUGCACAUCAUUACUCUGUGAAAAUCUCUUAAGCAAUAAGACUCAUAUCAGUGAAAUGCAUCCAGCUGUACUUUUCCCUGACGCCACUUUAGCUUUUUAGAUUAACAAGACCAGCUAAUGUUAAAAUCACUGCUGACCAAACCACAGAGGGGCCAUCACUUCUCCCUACAAUCAGUUUUUUUUUUAUUUUAUAGGUCAGACUUUGUGUUUCUAGUCAGGCCUGUGACGUUAGUUUAACUCAUGUGCCUAAAAAUGAGCUAAUUGAGGCUAGACAUGCUAAAGAAAUCACAAACAUGGCUCAUUUAAUGCUAUAAAUAAGCUGUUUGCUCAGUCAAUGCUGCGUUUCCUUUACCUCAGAAGUAGGCAUAAUAUCACACUUGAGUGAACAAAAUCAAGACGCCUCCAGGAAAGCUUUUCAGGUUAGCACCAUGUCCACGAAUAGAAUCUGGACGGUACUAUAUGUGAGACUGAUUUAGUAAGGAGUAAAAAAAAGAGCAGCCAUCUUGAUGAUGUUGUUCAGAUUUUCCGAGUCUACGCGAGACGAACCUCCCCGGGUUCAAAUGUAACGUAAGUUUUGAAUUUGUUUCCGUGGAACUCAGUUUUCAGUCAUUGUUUGCCUGCCAAAUCAUUUCUAUUAUAUUUGUAUUGCAAAAUAAAUUUGAAAAAGUGCUUUAAAA